AUUGGUCCGAGUUCAGGCGCGGUAGCCAAUGAGCACACUCUCAGUGAGAGGCUAGGGCUAUAUGACUUCAUGCAAACUGUGACCGCGAGGAAAUUGAUUUUGAUUUUUGCAUCAUGGGGAUAUCUCCAGGCCCUGAGGCUUAUGACGCCUGUGACCAUAAAAUGGAGGAACUAGGCGUUGGCUUGGGUGAGGAGAGCAACAAUCAGGAAGCAGAAGUGCCCGUGCCGUCGCGGGAAGCCCCGCGCCUCCUGAGCACACAAUGCUGCCUACGGAGUCUGGUGCAUGCGUGCCAGUGCCGCAAUGCCUACUGUUCUCUGCCUUCCUGCCAGAAGAUGAAGAGGGUCGUGCUGCACACCAAAGGCUGUAAACGGAAAACCAAUGGUGAAUGCCCCAUCUGCAAACAGCUUAUUGCCCUCCUCUGCUACCAUGCCAAGCGCUGCCAGAAGAACAUAUGUCCGUUGCCAUUCUGCUCUAACAUCAAGAAAAAAAUCCGGCAGCGACAGCUGCAGCACCGGCUCCAGCAGGCUCAGAUGCUCCGCAGGAGGAUGACCAGCAUGCAACGGACUGGUGUGGCAGGACACCAGCUGGGUCUGCUGUCCCCAACUCCUGAGACUCCAAUCAGCCCUCCUGACCAACAGCCAGCCACUGCACAGACACCCUAGACCUAACCCACCUCUCAACGUCAGCCCACGCCUUCCAACAUCAUGCCACCCUGUUGGAGCCCACAAGACUCUACAGGAAAUACACAGCUGACAGAUUCAUAAAGCUUACCCACAGUGUACACUUUAUGGGCACCCCGUUUGCAGAUCUGCAGGUACAUUUGUCUUUUGGAAAAGUCGCUGUCAUAUCUGCGGAAGCCCUGUGAGGCUAUGAUUUCCCUCUUCAAAUUGGAAUUCACUCCCAAACACCUCAGCAGUGUGACUUCUACACAGGCAAAGGACUGACCUUUGGUUCCCCCACAGCAGGAAGCCUUGGAGCAACAACGUUCACUCUUUGUUCUAAUGGUCAAAUUUAUAUAGAGUCAACCCCACACUAUUACCAGCUAACAAACCACAUAGAAAUUUCUAUAGGAAGACAGGGACUGAGCAGGAAGGCAGCUGCCCCGCCCUUACCAGACAGAGGGGUCUGGGUGAAGUCCAGGUUCAGGGACAUUUAGUAACUUUACCUAAUGGUUUGGAACUUCAGGUACUUCCCCUUGGUGCAGGCUCUUUCCCCGGUGGUGUCACCUGUUCUGGAGUAAAGCUUUGUCAGGUUCUACCUGCACUUUUUGUGAUUUUGAUUUGCAUAUUAUGGUUUUCCUGGCCCAUGGAAAUAUCCAACUAUGUCUGUAAAAACUAGAAACCUCAUGGAGAUCACCCCUUAUUCUUGUGAUUCUCACUGCUUAUUCGUGCAAAGGAAUAAAGAACAUGCAGCAAUAA